UUUGCCACGAAAUUUAUAACAACCAAAAAACACGUCGGAAACCCCCUAAAAUAUAUCCAUAUAAUCCCGACCCGUCUCACUACCAUUGAAAAGUUCCUAACAGACAAAAUGCCAGAAAAGGCCGAGGUGCAGGCACAGAAAGGUGACUUGGAGGACGAGCAUUACGUGGAGCUCGCUUCAAAACUGCCCAUAUUAUCGGAAGAGCACGUGCGCCUCGUGGAAGACAAACUUUCACUAAAGGAAAGCACGGAUGCUAUGAUGCGGCUAAUAUUGAAGUCAAAGGGCGCAAAAGGCAGUGUGGACUGCGUGAUAUGUUUCGGACGACCACUACAGGGGCUAGAGGGGCGCAAGAAGAAGAAAUCCCUACUAAAGCUGAAGUGCGUAGAGUUAGCUUUUGAUAUAUUUCCGGACAAGGAUAAAAACACUAUUUGUGGGGAGCUCCGGAGAUUUGUGGCCUUAAGCCACAAUCGUUUUAAGCAAAUGGAAAGAAUAUACUUAAGCCAAAAUUAA